AUGGCUUCUCAACGCCCUCAGUCAUAUCAGCAUCCUGCCUACCUUCCUAACGGAGCUGCUGGAGGACAUACAGGUCUGCCGCCAGGAGCUGCACCACUUCUUCCAAAUAAUGGGCGAAUCAUUCAACAAGGAGGCGUGAGAGUUCUCUGCGUAGCAGAUGUACGAGGAAAUCUUAGGUCCUUGAAUGAAUUGGCGAAACAAGCCCGCGCGGAUCAUAUUAUCCAUACGGGAGACUUUGGGUUUUACGAUGAUACUUCUCUGGAUAGAAUCGCGGAAAAGACGCUCAAGCACGUUGCUCAGUACUCGCCACUCAUUACGGAGCCAGUGAAAAAGGCCAUCAGUGCCCCAGGUGGCCCAGUCAAAGCUCGAUUCCAGCCCAGUGAUCUACCCCUCUCCGAACUUCCGCAGUUUCUAAAUGGUAGCCUUAAAUUGGAUGUACCAGUAUACACGGUCUGGGGAGCUUGCGAAGAUGUGAGAGUGUUAGAGAAGUUUCGAUCUGGGGAGUACAAGGUCGAUAAACUCCAUAUCAUUGAUGAAGCGCGUUCGAUGUUAUUGGAAAUUGGGGGCGUAAAGCUACGCCUGCUUGGUUUGGGAGGUGCGGUUGUGAUGCACAAACUUUUCGACAACGGCGAGGGUAGGACGACGAUUGCGGGAGGUCAGGGAACCAUGUGGACCACUCUGUUGCAAAUGGGUGAGCUGGUAGAUACUGCGAACCGAGUCUACGAUCCUACCGAAACCCGAAUUUUCAUUACACACGCCUCGCCCGCCCGCGAAGGAAUCUUGAACCAAUUGUCUGUCACCCUAAAAGCCGAUUUUUCCAUAUCAGCAGGCCUGCAUUUCAGGUACGGCAGUUCAUACAACGAGUUCAGUGUCAACCCAACACUCGACCACUAUCGCGGAAAGCUAGCUGCAUCCAAGGCUUCUUUCAACGAUGUAUGGGAAACGGUCAAGGGUGAGGUCCAGCCAGCAAUUUCGCAAAACGAGGCACAACAAAACCUCCUGCAAAAUGCUUUAGGCAUAGUAGACAAGAUGCCUAGCACCGCACAUGGUGGAAAUCCAUUUGGCGGACCGGUUAGUGGAGCCAAUGCUGCUGGAGCUGGUCAAGUCGACGAGAGCGCAUUCAAGAACAUGUGGAACUUCAACUUGGCAGAUGCAGCUUUCGGAUGGUUGGUUUUGGAGGUUCAAGAUGGCAGAAUUGGUACCGAAAUGAGAGCUCAAGGUUUCAACUUCGCCCAUCGAGGCGCAAAGCAACAUCCAGGCCAGGCUCCUCCUGUUAACCAGCAACAACCAGCACAGGCUCCUUCCACAGGAACUGGGACUCCUGGUUCAAGCCAUGCUCUCGUCGCUUCUGCUCCAACUGGUCCGGGUCAACGAUCCCCUGCUACGCAACCCACAUCGCAACCAUUCAACCAAGGUGGUCCACGCUCCCAACAGUCCCAACAACAGCAGCCACGAGGCCCUCCAGGUCCAGAGCGCGUCACAGACUCGCCAGCUCCUAAACCAGCCACUCCCCAGCCAUCAAACGUAGUAAACUUACCCGGACCAAAUGCGAACAAGGAGAAUGAGAAGACCAAUGGAACACACAAUGCUCCAGAUGCAGCAUCGCCUGGCGCAAAGAAUGCAGCAGAACCGAUUAUCGGUCUUUUCGUGAUGAAUGUUACAUCCGAUGACGCUGUUACUGAGAUGUUCUCAGAGGAGGACAAGAAGAAGAUUAUCCGCAUCGACAAAUGGGGACAAUCGAACAAGGUGGUUGUACUCAAGACUGUUGAGGAGAGAGACGCAAUAUUGUCCAACCUCCCAGACGAUGUCAAAUCGAGAUCCGGUGAGGACCGAAGCCGACCAUUGGUCAAGCCAUUCCAGCCAAGAGACAACAACAAGUCCUUUGGAACUAGCCGUGGGGGAGCCGGAAACUGGGGCAGCAGCCGAGGUGGAAACAGCAGCAAUCCUCCUCAGGGUGGUUAUAGAAGUGGAGGAGGUGCAAGUGAUAGUGAAGGAGGACGAGGUGCUCGAGGUGGUCGCGGUGGCCCAAGAGGCGGACGAGGAGGAGAGCGUGGUCGAGGCAGAGGACGAGGGUUCAAGGGCGAAUCUUCACCAGCACCAUCAAACGCAACCCCAGCGGCAGGCGACUCUUAA